GAUUGUUUGGACUGAAAAGGGAAGCCGCCCUUCAAUCCCUCCUUAGGGCCUCAGAGCGAUCGAUUUUCCUCAUUGUCGCUGUCCUUUCUUGCUCCUUUUCGGCGCUCUCACUUCCACCGUUUUCUUGUUCUUCUUCUGUGUUGGCGUCUCUGAUUAACUGCUUAUUGGCACAUUCCUCUCUUUCCCCUCGAUUUGCGCCUGCCAUUCAGGCAUCUCAGUAAAGGGCAGAAAGAUAAUAUAAUAAUUGCUGACUCAUGUUGCUGGAAUUGAACUAGAUGAGUUCGUUAAAGCUUAUUUCUGGAUUGAUAUGAACAAUGAUUACUGAAGAUUGAUGAGGAAAAAUGCUUGGUUGGGGGAAGAUGUUUAUUUGAGAAUGGUAUAGCAUCGGGAAGCUGGAGUUAUGCAUUGCAUCUUGUGAUCCUGAUUCGUUGCUGGAAGGUUCUUCAAUGACUACCAACACUAUUACAAAAGACUCGUGUGAAGAGUCUCCAGCUGUGACUGAUGUGUCAAGUUCCCAAAGAUGUGCAGAAGAAAGCUUGGCAAAGCAGAAAGGAGAUAAUGUUGGUGAACUGGUAGAUAUGGGUCCCGAUUUUUCAUUGGAAGCUUCUUCAAUCAAAGUUGAUGGUACUAUAAAAGACUUGUGUAAAGAUUCUCCAUUGAUGACUGAUUUGUCAAGUUCCCAAAACAGUCUAGAAGGAAGCUCGACAAAGCGGAAAAGAGACGGUAUUUUUGAAAACAUAGAUACAGGUCCUGACUUUUUGCCAGAAGGUUCUUUCAUGGAGACUGAUGGUGCUAGAAAAGACUCAUGUAAAGACUCUUCAACUAUGACUGAUUUGUCAAGUUCUCAAAGAAGUGCAGAAGUAAGCUUGACAACGAGUAAGAGAAGGAAAAGUUCGAGUCCAAUACAUAAUGCCACUAUCAGCAACCUUAAUGGAAAUUUACAUGCAGGAAGCAACUGUUCUGAAGAAAAUGUGGGAAAGGAGCAAAAUAAGCUUGAAAAGGCUACAGAAGAGAACAGCGAUUCAAAGUUGGAUCUUCAGGGAGCAAGCAGCAGAUCCUGCUCAAUUUUAGUAAAUGUUGACUUGGUGGAUGGAGAAACUAAAGCUAACCAAGUUACCUCAAAUGCUGGAGGUUCAGAGGAAAUGAUAACUGAUGUGCCUGUUAUGGACAUCCCUGAGGUGCAACUUGAAGAGGAUAAUGGUAGAAAGCUGAGUGCUGUUGAAUUUUUGAGAAAUGAUGUGUCUUCUUCUGGUGAUGUUUCUGAUUCAAGCUUAGUCUGCAACAAAGAUGAUCAUUCCAUGAUAUCACACUUUCCACUAGAUAGAACUAUUACUAGCCACUCAAAGAAGAAGCUUCUUGUUCUUGACGUGAAUGGAUUGCUUGCUGACUUUGUUGAUCAUGUUCCUUUUGGAUAUGAACCGGAUGCAUGGAUUUCUAAGAAAUCAGUUUUCAAGAGGCCCUUUUGUGAUGAUUUUCUAAAUUUCUGCUUUGACAAAUUUCACGUGGGUGUUUGGUCAUCAAGACACAAGAAUAAUGUUGAUGCUGCGAUCCAGUUUCUUAUGGGGAAGUCUGCAUCCAAGCUACUCUUUUGUUGGAAUCAGUCCCACUGUACUAUGACAGCCUUCAGCACCGUUGAGAACAGAGACAAACCCCUUGUGUUGAAGGAACUUAGAAAGUUGUGGGAAAAGCUUGAACCUGGUCUUCCAUGGGACAAGGGAGAGUUCAAUGAGUCAAACACUUUAUUGUUGGAUGACUCUCCUCACAAGGCACUAGUUAAUCCAAUGAACACCGCGAUAUUUCCUUAUUCUUACCGUUACCGAGAUCUCAGAGACUCAUCGUUAGGACCUGGAGGUGAUCUUCGGACUUAUCUUGAAGGGCUGGCAAUGGCUGAAGAUGUUCGAGAGUAUGUGGCUUCAAAUCCAUUUGGCCAACGCCCGAUAAGGGAAGCAAAUCCAUCCUGGCGUUAUUAUCGCAAAGUUAUAGAUAGUGUAAAUGCCUCCAAUGAUUUCAGAACCUCUUCUAGCUGGGAGCGAAGAUCUUACUGACCAAUUAAGGGCAAAGCCCUUAAUGCAAUGGAGAGUUUUUUGUUAGUCUCUGAUGACUUGGGUUUUGGUUCUGAUUUUACAUUGUAUUGAUUAUAUAUGUGCCUGCUGUUUAAGUCAGACGUGUUUAGGUGUUACAUAUAGUUUUACAGUACUUGACUUCCAACCUAGGGAAGUACACACUGAAUCUUGUUAUUAGGUCUUUUGAGUUCUGUUCUGACACAAGUUAGAGAAAGUGUAAUUUUGCAAUACGUUACCUAUUUUGUUCCCAGAGAUAUCUUAUUGUUCUGUGCAAAUGCCCUGUUAAAUGAACAUCAGGAAUCAAUGCAAAAGGGUUAUGAGUCA